CAUGGUGUCAUCAACCAGAAUUACGAAUAACCAUUCCUGCACUAAGGCAUAAAAUUGAAGACUUAGCCACGGAAUUUCCAGUUCCUUUUGAUGCCGCACAACUUCUUAAAGAUAAACCAUUAGAUUUUGAUGAAGAGAAGGUUGAAGAAGCUAUUCCAAAAUUUGAAGAUGAUCCUGAAAUUGAGGAUGAUAAAAUUCCUGAAGAAGAA